CGCUCGCGAGACAUCGUCAGGUGCGGUUCGUUCUUGUGAUAUCAGAGAUUAUCAAAGUGAAACUCAGAUAACGAAUAACGAAAAAUAAGGACAGAACAUGCUCCUAAACGUACUACUGCUUGUGAUUUUUGCCUCAAGAGCAUCACCAGCAAAAAUUGGAUACUUUUGGCACAUCACGGACAUACACUUGGACACACACUACCAUUCCCAUAAAGAGAACAGCUGUUGGCGAGGCGGGACCAGCAGACUCCCCCUGGGCAAGUACGGAGACUACAACUGUGACUCUCCCUGGCAGCUGAUAGAGUCUGCAGCCUACGCCAUGAAGGCCAAGCAUGGAGAGAAUAUUGAGUUCGUCUUGUGGACCGGCGAUGCCUUGUCCAACCCGAGCCGGCACAACCCAUCACACAAUCUGGCGACAGUGAGGAACUUGACACACCUGUUCGGUCACGUGUUCUCGAGUCAGUUCGUGUUCCCCGUGUUGGGACACGAUGACCCGCGGUAUGUCGCGGAGGACACUCAGCCCUACAGACACGUCAGCAGUCUCUGGCGACACUGGCUACCCUCAGAGGCUCUGCACACCUUCAACAAAGGAGGGUUCUACUCUAUAGAGCAGAAGACUCGAAAACUACGGCUGGUGGCACUCAAUACUAAUCUUUGGACUGGUGACGAGGGGGAGGGCGAAGACCCUGGCGGGCAGUGGGCCUGGCUGGAAACCCUCAUGGCCAAGUCUUAUCGACUUAAAGAAACAAUUUACCUGGUCGGUCACAUGGCCCCAGGGACGGACGAGAGACUGGGAAAUCCCCCAAGGCCUGUGAUGUCCCCGCGACACAACGCCCGGUACCUGCGGUUGGUGAGGAGGUACGCUGACAUAAUCACGGGUCAGUUCUUCGGGCACCUCCACUCUGACACGUUCAGGGUCGUCUACAACGAGGCUGGUAGGCCAGUCUCUAACAUCUACCUGUCACCUUCUCUGACACCCAAGAGGUCCUCAAGCGGUUUCAACAACCCUGGGAUCCGACUCUAUAAGUUCAACAGUGACACUGGACAGGUGAUAGACUACGUGCAGUACUACCUCGACCUGGCCACGGCUAACCAGCGAGAGUCUGCAGAUUGGACCAUAGAAUACAACUUGACCACCUAUUACGGCUUUCACAAGGUGUCGGCCUCAGAGUUCCACGAUCUGGCCGAGAGCUUCACAAUCACCGACGGACUUCCAUUGUUUGCAAGAUACUACCUUGUGAACUCCGUGAGCACUUCCGGCCUCAUGACAUCCAUGAACCAGGCACACAACCAUUAUUGCGCUAUCACCAGACUAGACACAGACCAGUUCUACAACUGUCUAGCCACGGCUCCCAGCGCUUUGUUCUCCGACGCACAGCCUAAUUCCUCCAUCUCAAACACCGUAUUCUUAGUAGCUUUUAUGAUAUCACUGCUCAGGUGACAACACGACAAUCUCUCCAUAGAGACAGUAAUGUAAACAUUUGUAAAUGCAAUGCAUUUUAAGAGAUGUGUACUAUCCUGAUAAAUAAGUAUUUGGCUUUGUGUAUUCCAAUAAUGUUGGACACGAUGUGAUAAAGAUGUGUUUGAAUAAUUCUAUUUUUGGAGUUUCUAAACGGGCCAGACUGCCCGUAAAACUACCCUCUGUUUUAUGUGAAUGUGCUUCCUGGAGAGAUUAUUUUUGGUUAAAAAAACAAAAGUUAUUGUCAUUAGAUCAACCGUUUGUACACUUUGAACUUGUGCUUUGGAUUUUCACACUGUACAGGUUUAUUUCGUAUUAAAAGUUAGUAGUAAAAGAACGUUUAUUUUCCCAUAAAAAAUGUAUUUCAGUAAGGUUAUUUCACCCUAAAUCUGUUUUAUAUAAUAUUGAUAACCACUACAAUCAAUCUGACGACGUUAUCAGUGAAAGAUAAAGGAGUUAUCGCUAUAAAGAUAACAGUCUUGGAACUGGCCAGCUGCACCUGGGAGUAAACACUCACCAAUCCUUUUCGAAAGCUCUCAAGUGAAUUACCUAACGUUGAUAUAAAUUAACGAUCUUAUAGCAAACAGAUCACGAAUACGUUUUCAAAUUAGGAUUUUUGAGUGUGCGCAACUCCAAGGCUGCAGAAGUAUAAUGAAAUUUGACAAACAGAUUUUUUAUUAAUUCAUCAUUAAAUAACGGAACUUUUAUUUUUGUUUACUACUUAUAUUUUAUAUGACGCUUUCUAAUAAUGAGUACCACUAGUAUUUUCUGAAAGUAUGUUCAUUGUAAUAUUCAUUUAUGUAACGCUUUGUAAAUAUGUAUAAACGUAUCAGUAUUUGUAUUAAAUAUAUUUUGAAAUUC